AUGGCCGAGACAGCCCAUGGCCAGGGCAAGAUCAUCACGUUGAACGAUUACAUCUGUAACACCGUAAAUAAGCGCGUUCGCAAAAAGUGGUACGAGUGGGGGGCGACAGUGGUUUUUCGUGGGGAGAGGGAUGUUGCACGUACAUAUAUCGCACCAGACGGGAGCGGGGUUCUGGAUAUUGCCGUUCCAGACGAUAUUGUUGAUGAGAAAGACGAGGUUCCCCAGAAAAGCCCAGAAUAUAAAGAUGAGGCCGGGAGGGCUAAAAGAGCUAGAGAGAGGCCACAGGCCACUGUAUGCGCUAUCUGGCGCAUUGCAGAUGUAUCAAAAGUACAAGAAGUGGGAGGAGAGCUAUAUUCUGGGGAGGUCGAAGGUGGACGAGAGUGCCAAAGUCGAGUGGAAAAUAACCCUGUGGCCCUGUUG